UAGGGUUUUUCCUCACCACAUUUGGCCGAAACCAGAGAGUGAGAGAGAGGAGAGAAGAGAGAGGCACAAUGGUUAAGUUUCUGAAGCCUAACAAGGCCAUCAUCAUCCUCCAGGGCCGCUACGCCGGACGCAAGGCCGUGAUCGUUCGCGCCUUCGACGACGGCACUCGCGAUCGUCCCUAUGGCCACUGUUUGGUUGCGGGGAUAAAGAAGUAUCCCAGCAAGGUUAUCCGCAAGGACUCGGCGAAGAAGACUGCCAAGAAAUCCAGGGUAAAGCCCUUCGUCAAGCUCGUGAACUACCAGCACCUCAUGCCCACUCGCUACACCCUGGAUGUGGAUCUCAAGGACGUCGUCAACGUUGAAGCUUUC